AUGCAGAGUUUUAUGAGUUUACGCGAUGUGAAGGAAAUAAUCAAAACAAUACGAAAAACAGAACCAAAACAAAUAUUUAAUAAUAUUAUUUGUGCUGGUAUUCUAUUUGCCGUUCUACAUUUAGUAAUAAUUAGAUUCUUUCCAGAUCCUUCGCCACAUUCUGCAUUUAAGAACGUUCCAUUACCUUGGAAUAGAUCUAUUGAUACAAAUAAUGAAUUUUAUACGUAUCUAACAAAAAAAUUAAGAUUCGGAUAUGAAAAGUUUUCUAAACAUUGCAAAGAUCAUGACGAAAUGAUGAUUAAUCCUAUAAAAUGUAUUGAUUCUUAUGGAUUACAUGCAACAAUAGUUGAAUCUUUAGAAACAUUAUACUUAAUGAACCAAACAGAUUUAUACAAUGAAGCCAGAAACUAUAUACGUUUAAAUUUUGACUGUAAUCAACUCGAAUGGGUUAACAGGCAUGAAAUGUUUUCGCGAUUAAUCGGAUCCUUCAUAGGAAUCUACUUAUUAACGGCCGAUGAAAUGUAUUUACAUCAUGCCCAGACAUGUGCAAUCAAUGCUAUAGCUAUUGAUUCCGAUUUUAAAUAUCCUAAGCCAUAUCAUAAUUAUAAAACGAAACAAUUUAAAGAAAGAAUGUGGGUAAACGGUACAGCACUUCAAGACAUAUCAGCUGGAUUACCAGAAAUUAUUGCACUUUACCAUAUCACGAGAAAUCCGUUAUAUUUAAAUUAUUAUCAAAGUAUUUUGAAAGCGUUACCACGUCAAAGAGGUGUAUUCUACUAUUCUAUCUUAACCAUUCCUCGUGGUCUUAAUGGCACAGUUAUGCGUCAAUUGGAUGGUUUUACUGCUCCUUUUUAUCAAAAUCUUGGAAUUUCUCAUUCAUUAUAUCCAACGAAUUUUAGUGCUUUUGCCAUCAACAAAACAAAGGAAGUUAUACAGUUAUAUCUUGGUAGCCAUGAUCCUGGACUUGUUCCUGUUUUAGAUGGAGCAUCGCGAAUUACUUCCACAGAUGUUGAUUUCUUUUAUAACUCGAUCACGAGGCAAUUUGAAUUGGCAGAAAAAUUCUAUGAAGAUUGUUCCGGAAUAUUAGGAGAUAAAAGAUUUGCUUUUGAUGGAACAUUCCUUGGUAUUUUGAUGCGAAAAGGAUUAACAGAAAAUGUAACUAAAUGUAUAAGAACUGUUCUUGAUGAGCAACAAAGAGAAAAUGGAUUUACUGGAACAAAACAUAAAACUAAAAGUGAUGACAAUCGACAAUAUUCUGAUUUAUUCGGGUAUUGGAUGAAAGUUGGUGCUUUGACGCUUGUUAAUGAUAAGAGAAUUAGAAAUAGUGUUCUAAAUGAUAGAGGCCAUAUUUUGUAUUCUUCUGCUUUAAUUCAAAUCAAAAAAAGAUCGAUUCUUGAAACGUGUAAUGUCAAUUCAUCGUUGUAUGAUCUAUUUUGCGAAAAAAUAUAG